AAGAAACUGAAGAUGUACACCAGUAAUUUCAACCAGUAUGUUCAGACCCGAUCCGAACUAGAAGAGAACCAGAUGAAACAGUAUAAAUGGGAGCAGGACCAGAUUGCUUAAAAGUGUACAUAGCUCGGUUUGGCACGGAUCUGCUAAGCUCGCCCGCCAGGCCCAGAGCAAGGAGAAGACCCUGGCGGAAAUGGAGCGUGAUGGUCUUACGGAAAAGGUCUCUAGAGACAAGGUGGCAUUGGUGGGAACCAAUGGAGCCGGGAAGAGCACGCUGCUGAAGCUGAUGACUAGAGGGUUAGUUCCUAUUGAUGGUAUGAUAAGACGGCACAACCACUUGAGGAUUGCUCAGUUUCCCCAGCAUUUGGCAGAGAAAAUCGAUCUGGAAAUGUCGGCUUUGACGUAUAUCAUGAGCGAGUAUCUGGGAAAUGAGGAAGAGAAGAUGAGGGUAGCCAUAGGCAGGUUUGGACUGACCGGAAAAGUGCAGGUGAUGCCUAUGAAGAAUCUUUCUGAUGGACAAAGAAGCCGAGUGAUAUUUUCAUGGUUAGGCUAUAGGCAACCAAACAUGCUGCUUUUGGACGAGCCGAGUAACCCCUUGGAUAUUGAGACGAUCAACUCGCUGGCUGAUGCGUUAAAUUAGUGGGAAGGCGCAAUGGUGCUCGUUAGCCAUGACUUCAGGCUCAUAAUGGCUUUCAAGGAGCACUUACGGAGUAAGGCUGGUUUAUCUGGUUAGACCAGUAGAUUGGUGUCAUCAUAAGCCAAUUCUUUCAUUAAAGAUUGUGAAUUUGUAGAUUGGUGUGAUCAUAGGGGGAAUUUCAUAACUGUUUCAUUAAUGAUUGUG